AUGUCAAUUUCCAAUUUGUCAAAAUGGCAUAAUUGUUUGUCGAGAGUCGAGUUUUGUUUUGUGAAUUUGUGUGAUUACGGUGUUGGAACUGGAGGCUUUUGUAUUGUGAAAAUACUGAAAAUACAGCCAGUGUCGCUAUGCCGAAGGUUCGUCGUAGUCGGAAACCUCCUCCAGAUGGUUGGGAACUGAUCGAACCAACGCUUGAAGAGUUAGAGCAGAAAAUGCGUGAAGCUGAAACUGAGCCACACGAAGGGAAAAGAAAACAAGAAUCUCUUUGGCCAAUAUUCAAAAUUCACCAUCAGAAGUCCCGCUACAUAUAUGACUUGUUCUACAGAAGAAAAGCUAUCAGUAGGGAAUUGUACCAAUACUGUCUCAAUGAAAAGAUUGCCGAUGCCAAUCUGAUUGCCAAGUGGAAGAAGACAGGAUAUGAAAAUCUGUGCUGCCUGAGAUGCAUACAAACGAGGGAUACUAAUUUUGCGACUAACUGUAUAUGUAGGGUGCCUAAAAGCAAGUUGGAAGAAGGUAGGAUUGUCGAGUGUGUGCAUUGCGGGUGUAGAGGAUGCUCAGGAUAGGUUAAAUAUAGUUUAUAAGGUGUGUUUAAUUUUAUUGUAUACAAUACUGAAUCAAAAUGACAGGUAUAGGUAUUGCUAUCACUUUCAUAAUGCUCCUGGAAAGAAUAGCACUUUAGAGAUUGUGUACAACAUAAUUAGAUUACCAACUUUUUCGAUUACUGGCAGGGGCAAUUUGGAAAUCUAUAAUUCCUGAAUUGUCUCUGGUCUGAUCUGGUGGGAAGACUGGCUGUGGCUAGUACUAGUUUGGUAACUAGCCACAGUCAAAGCAUAUUAAAAACAGUAAAGCAAUUUAGUUUUGGUAUGAUGCCUUUAGAAAAACAGAUAAGGACUGCCAUACCUAUUCCAAGUUAGCCUGCUUCCAUCUUAGACUGCAGCAUCACUUAUCACCAGGUGAGAUUACAGUCAAGGGCCUACUUGUAAUGAAAUAAACAAUUCAAAAAUAAAUGCACACAAGUACAAUAUGUACCUGCACAUGUACUAAUAAUCGUAUAAGAUACUUAUCAUUUAAAUAAAAAAAACGAUAAUUAAAUUGUUGUAAGCACUCUUUUGAAAAUAGUUUUUUAAAUUAUUGUUUGGAGACUUGUAAUAAAAGAAGAUACAUUAUUAAAUUCUUUAUUUUGAAAAAUACUCCUGUACAGUUAAGGCACUGUUCUGUUAUUUUUUUUACGAUUUAUAAAAAAAAUUGAUACAAAAAUGAUUAUGCACUUGAGGCUGAUGAAAAAAAUUAAAGUUUAAAUUCAAAUUUUGACUAAAUUAAGAAUUAAUGUACUCAUACUGAGUGUACCGCUUGAUUGAGAAAGGGGUAGGGUGCGGGAUGCAGAAGGGUUAGUAUCUUUGUUUUUUUUUACUUUUAUGUCAACUGUCACCUUCACGCAACCCACACUCUAGCUCACGAGCCAUCUUAGUAAACCUAUAGUAUUUAACAGAACAAAGGUUGUCACUGACUUAUGCCCCCAUCUCUAAGCACAGCAUGUAUUAUAUCAGUGAGAUCAUUUAAAUCUGCACUUUAAUCAGUAAGCUAGUCUGAAGCUAGUUAAUCAAUAUUAGAACAUGAGUCAAGUCAGUGAAUACCAUUACAGUACCUGGCAGAAAAGAUUGCACAUCAUUUAGGAAUUUCUGCUUCUAAGACCAUCACUCACUAAGGCUGAAAUCUAUAGAGUGCACUUUGAUUUAGCUCAGAUUUAAGACACUGUUAAAAUGAGACAGCGUUAUACCGCUGGCAUAAAUCUAUCUCGUUUUAACCGAAACUUAAGUCUGGGCAGAGUCAAAGAGCACUCUAUAGAUUUCAACCUAAUACUCAUACUUAUGUUGUUGGUUCCAAAGACAGACCACACUUUACAAAACCGUUCUUUUCUAAACUUUGGUGUGCAAUCUUUGUUGACAGGUAUGUACAUAAACUUGACAUUUAGGAAAAACAAUUAAACAUUUAACUUAAAACGCACAACGCCAAAAGCCAAAAUUAAAAUUGUAUCAUUUUGCGACAGUGAAAGGAUUACUUACGAAAAUACAAAAAUAGGGGUCUUAAAUUUUAAGAGUGCAGAUCCAUAAAAUUUAAGAACUCUUAAUAUUUUGACAAAACCUUGCUUAAACUACAACAUUUUGGGUUUAGAUUUCCAAGCAUUUCAAUUUUGCAUUUUUGGCAGUGUCUAAAAUGAACACAAUCAUGAAUAUUAUUUGUAGAACACAAGUCUUAGUAACAAUGAACUUGAGCUUUCAAACAAAAUAAACUACUUAUUAGUAGAUUAAACUAUCAGUCUUUCACUUUAAGUAGUUGUAACAACUUUUUAAUAACAUAACUUAUUAUUAUAUUAUGUCAACUAGAUUUAUCUUAUUAGGAACUUUAAUAACUUAACAGAUCUCACUU